GACACUUAUCAUAAAAGCUCAGAAACAUUCUGCUGUUUGUCUCUACUUCGAAACGAAUACACAAUCUCACUCAGAAACGAAGUGCAAUAGCAAAAUACCGCAAAUAUGGGUUCCGCACCUCAAUUGACCAAGCGUACUUACAAGCUGAACACCGGCGCUGAGAUCCCAGCCAUUGGUCUCGGAACAUGGCAAUCACCACCAGGCCAGGUCGAGAAGGCCGUUGAAGCCGCAUUGAAGCACGGCUACCGCCACAUCGACACCGCCGCCGCCUACCAAAACGAAGCCGAAGUAGGAGCUGGCUGGCAAGCCUCCGGCGUCCCACGAGACCAAUUCUUCCUCACCACAAAACUGAACAACCCCGACCAAGGCCGCGUCGCCGAAGCCAUUGACGAAUCCCUCAAGCGUCUCGGAACCGACUACGUCGACCUCUACCUCAUGCACUGGCCGCAACCCGUCGACCCCAGCGACGACAGCGGCAAAAAAGCCCUUGCGAACUGGGACUUCAAGAAAACCUGGGCCGAGCUCCAAAAAUUGCCUGCAACGGGUAAAGUCCGAGCAAUCGGCGUCUCCAACUUCAGCAAACACCACCUCGAAGAACUUUUCGCCGAUCCAGAAUUCAAGAUCAAGCCUGCUGUCAACCAAGUCGAAGUCCACCCUUGCUAUCCUUCGUGGAAACUCGUUGAAUUCAACACUUCGCAAGGAAUUCACACAACCGCAUACUCUUGCCUCGGAUCGACAGAUUCGCCAUUGUAUAAGAAUCAGACUUUGGCCAAACUUGCGGAGAAGAAGGGAAAGACUGUUCAGCAGGUUUUGUUGCAGUGGGGUUUGAGCAGGGGUUACUCUGUUAUUCCAAAGUCGACGAGCCCGAACCGCAUUGCGGCGAACUAUGAUCUUGAUGGGUGGGAGUUGACGAAGGAGGAGAUUGAGACUGUGAGCUCGAUUCAGGAGCGGUUUAAGGUGUGCGAUGGUACUUUCUUGCCGGCUGAUGGGAAGGAUGCGAAGUUGUUUGUGGAUGAUGAGUAGAGGAGUCUUUUUUGAGUUAUGAUUAUGAUAAGGCAUGUCAGGAUCCAGAAUUUGACGAAAGGAGACAUGAAAUAUAGAUGAGAAUUAGCUUCUGUGCACUUCGAAGCCAUGCAUGAAUUCGAAUUGGCUAUUCGGGAUAAAGAUGGCAACACUCUCCGAACUCUAUCACGAGGUAUCCUAUUAUACAUGCUGCUUCACUAUUAGGACCAAGUCGUGAAAUCAUCAUUUUCCAGAUAGAUUUCCAAGCUCAUUGAUCAAGUUUACUAGAUUCUCCACAAGAGGUGGCAACCCAUUCCUGCUGUCCGGAAAGUUACUCCUCAGGAUCUCUCUGGAUAUGAGCAUGACACCUUUCGAAUUACUCAAAGGGCAGAAGUUCGGUCGUCCAUUCCAGCGAUCGAGAUCGACUUGCCCAUAGUUCGUACUUGUCAGUCCAGCAACUCCUGUGCCGAUGAGCUUGAAAGACUUGGCUGCUUUGUCGUUGUCAUCGUCAAGAACUACUCGGCUCCCUUGCGUAGCAUUGCUUCCCAAUUGCCCGGGGGUCGGCGUCUUAUCGCCACUUCUCCUUGCAGUAUUCGUCGUGAUCAUGCCGUACACCCAGAGUGUGAGGGUGGCCUGAUACAGCGCAACGGCAUAGAAAUCUCGCAGCCUGGUCUGCUCAAACGUUCGAGCAACUCGCAAGACUUGUCCAGCGUGCCACACAGCAGUCCUGGCUUCGGAAUCUUGAGUCCAGACCUUCACGCGAGGGUACACUUUCCUCGCCUCCUCUUCACCAGAUUUACCUGCGAAGAGUAGAAUGUCCUCAACUGAGACAUGCA